AUGGCAUCCAAGUCUAAUCUGUCACUCUUCACUAUAACUCUCCUCCUCGUCCUUCUUACGCUCCUCUGUUAUGCAACUGCUUCUCAUCCCCACAACAAGAGCUCUUCCCCAGUUGAGUUCCUUGAACAUCUCAAGGGUUGCCACAAAGGUGAUAAGGUCAAGGGCAUCAAUGACCUCAAAAAGUACCUUGAAAAAUACGGGUACUUGAACUACAAGAACCACAGUCAUUCAGACGACGAUGAAUUCGACGAUCUUUUGGAGGAAGCUGUCAAGACCUACCAGAUCAAUUACCACCUCAAGUCCACCGGAACAUUGGACAGCAAAACAGUGUCGAAGAUGACAACGCCUCGUUGUGGCGUGGCAGAUAUCAUCAAUGGCACCUCGUCCAUGCGAUCAGCCAAGAAAAGGCACCACCACGGUUCACUUCAUACUACUGCUCACUACUCGUUUUUCCAAGGAAAUCCAAAAUGGCCUUCCUCUAAGUAUCAUCUCACUUACGGUUUUCUUCCCAACACUCCAUCUGAAGCCACAGGCGCGGUGGCGCGGGCUUUCGCAACAUGGGAGGGGAACACUCACUUUACAUUCAGCCAGGCACAAAGUUACGAGAAUGCGGAUUUGAAGAUCGGUUUUCAAAGGGGUAAUCAUGGAGACGGGGCUGCAUUUGAUGGACCUGGCGGAACGCUGGCCCAUGCUUUUAGCCCGACGCACGGAAUAUUCCACUACGACGCAGAUGAGACUUGGUCUGUGGGUGCUGUACCAGGUGCUACUGACUUGGAGACGGUGGCUUUGCAUGAGAUAGGGCACCUUCUCGGACUGGGACAUAGCUCAGUGAAGGGAGCUAUCAUGGAACCGACUCUUCCCACGGGAGAGACUCGAGGUUUGCAUGGGGACGAUGUUCAAGGUAUCAAGGCUUUAUAUAACGUAUGAGUAGCGGUGCUAGCACGUACCAGGUCGACCAGA